UUCUUCUUACAUAGGCUUGUAUGUGUUUGACAAAUAAACACCCUAUCCUGUUUUUAACUGCUCAAACGACUUUCCAAACAAGGAAACAGAGUCCUCUGCAUUCUUGCUUCACAAACCAAACUCCAAACCUUCACUUUUUCUCUACUUUUCUCUCUUUUCUAAUUCAAACCCCUUUCACUGUCCUCAAUUUCUGCCCCAUUCGGAUUACGCUGCACUAUAUCUGCUUUAUCUCUUCUUCUCUUUCUUUUAUUCUCCUCUGUUUCCAUGUUUUUUUUUCUUCUCUGCUUCAUGUCAAAUUCAUCCAUAGUUUCUACAUAUGAACAGACCUCACAAACAUUAACCUGAAGCCAAGAGGGAAUUGAAUUAACAUAUCCGACCGUACAUAUCGAAUUUGUUUAUUCUUCAAAAUGAACUAUUUGUACCCUGUGAAAGAAGAGUACUUUGAAUCUCCACCGCCGUCCUCCUCAUCGUCGCCAACGUCUCAAACAGGAGGUGAUGAGUCAGCUGUGGUUUCUCUUCCUAGGCCAAUGGAGGGGCUUCACGAAGUAGGGCCACCUCCAUUUCUGACCAAGACUUAUGAUGCCGUGGAGGACCCUACCACUAGCCACAUAGUUUCAUGGAGCAGAGGUGGUUCCAGCUUUGUGGUUUGGGAUCCUCACGCUUUCUCCAGAGACCUUCUCCCUCGAUACUUCAAGCAUAACAAUUUCUCCAGCUUUGUAAGGCAACUAAACACUUACGGUUUUAGAAAGAUUGAUCCCGAUAGGUGGGAGUUUGCAAACGAAGGAUUCCUGAGAGGGCACAGGCACCUUUUGGCAAACAUAAGGAGGAGAAAGCAACCUUCUCAGCCUUCCACUUCUCAACAAGGACAAGGUCACUGUGUUGAAGUUGGUCGUUUUGGACUUGAUGGAGAGGUUGAUCGCUUAAAGCGUGACAAGCACGUGCUGAUGAUGGAGCUUGUGAAGCUGAGACAGCAGCAGCAGAAUACGAGGUCGUACCUUGAGGAAAUGGAGGAGAGGCUACGAGGGACAGAAAUUAAGCAGCAGCAGAUGAUGUCUUUCUUGGCUAGAGCUUUGAAGAACCCCACCUUCAUCCAGCAGCUACUCCAGCAGAAAGAGAAGAGGAAGGAGCUUGAAGAGGCAAUGUCGAAGAAGAGGAGAAGACCGAUCGAGCAAGGACCAAAUGGGGUUGGAGAAUCAAGCAUUGGAAGGGAAGGAAGAAGCAGCGUUAAAGUGGAGUUCCAAGUGUUUGGGGAAUAUGGAUUUGGAGUCUCAGAGUUGGAAGUGUUGGCUUUGGAGAUGCAAGGUUAUGGUAGGGGAAAAAGGGAACAAGAGGAAGAGCCCGAGGCACUAGAAUCACAGGAGAGGUUGGAGAAAGAGCUCGAUGAAGGUUUCUGGGAAGAACUGUUCAGUGAGGGUUUUGAGGGUGAAUUAGAUAUUCCAACUUCACAAGACCCAGAUGACGAAGAAGAUGUCAAUGUUUUAGCCAAUCGCUUUGGUUACUUAGGGUCAAGUCCUAAAUGAACCGCAUAGGAUCAUGAUGAGUAAACCUUGAAUUGGUUCACUAGGUUCAAGUAGUGUGGGUUUUUCAUUAACAGGAAGCACUCCUAUGGUGAAGGGCAUCUCAUUUGGCAGGAUAUACAUGGAAAAUGAUUUACUUUUUGGUGUUUCUAACCCCCAUUAUAUGAUCAUGUACUUUUGUAGCACUCGGUGGAACCUCAAGUUUUCUCACAUUUCGAUCUCUAUGUUUGAUUAGGUAGGUUGCAGCUGUUGCUUGGACAAGAAUCUGUGGUAGUGAUAGCGAAAGUUAUUUACUCAAAGGUUCAGUUUAAUGUUUUGUUUCCAUUUUAACCACUGAAAACCCCACUUUGUAAUGCACCUAUAGCAACCCAGCAAUGGUUUUUGCCUCUUUGUUGUUUUGAUUA